CCGGAAGUGACGUCUUUUCCGUAGCAACACAUCUCCAGCUAAACAUUAGCCUGCUGAGUUUGGAAAUAGGUUUUAUCAUUCAGUUUCCCGCAACGUUGUUAAAAUGGCAGAGGUAGAAGAAACCCUGAAGAGAAUUCAGAGCCAGAAGGGAGUGCAAGGAAUCAUAAUAGUCAAUUCAGAAGGCAUCCCCAUCAAGACAACUUUGGACAAUGCCAGUGCAGUGCAGUAUGCAGGUGUGAUCCACCAGCUGGUGAUGAAGGCAAGGAGCACUGUGCGUGAUAUUGAUCCCCAGAAUGACCUCACAUUCCUUCGAGUCCGCUCCAAGAAGAAUGAGAUCAUGAUUGCUCCAGAUAAGGACUAUUUCCUGAUUGUCAUUCAGAACCCUUCGGACUGAAACGGCAACAUCCAAACCAUUUUCUUACUGUCUUUAGUUCUUCCUCCAGUAUUUCAAUGGCCAAAUGUUUAUUCUGUCAUGCUAAGUGAUAUGUUACAAACAAAUAAAGGCAAGGUUUUGAAGGCGAGAAAUUUGAUUUUGCUUGAUCGGAGUGAGAGGAUAAGAGUCCCUCUUUAAUAAGAUGUCAGAACUGUAUGUCAGUCAUACAUAGCUUUUGGUAUAGAUAUGCUUUAUGUUUUAGCAUUCCACUUUUCAUCUCUUUUCUGUAUAGCUCAUCACGUCAACUAACAGCACAGGUAGUUUGCAGUAUAUCUUGAAGUCUGUAAUGAGGCACAUACCUGUCAAUAUCUGUGACUGUCACAACUUGAGUGAAGUUUGUAUGUUGCAAAAUAUGUGGAUGCCUUUGUGGAUCCAGCAUUAGAAUACUGCAGAGAAAGACAGUGCAUCAAAGAUUUCAGAAUUUUUUAAUUUAUUUUGUUUGUACUACUUUUAAGUAGUGUUUCUUUGGUAUGCGGUGAAACCCACUUCAAGCAUCUCUGUUGAGCCUGCUCUUACCAUGUAAUUACAUAUUAUGUUAGAUAUUUGUAACACCAAUUAAAAUUUUAAAAAAAG